CGCGGGAAUAGCACGAAGUGAGUUAGAAAGAUGUCUGGACGCGGAAAGAGCGGAAAAACCAGAGCGAAGGCGAAGUCCCGGUCCUCCCGGGCCGGGCUGCAGUUUCCGGUGGGCCGUGUCCACAGGCUGCUGAGGAAGGGUAACUAUGCUGAGCGUGUUGGUGCCGGCGCCCCGGUGUACCUCGCGGCUGUGCUGGAGUAUCUGACGGCUGAGAUCCUGGAGCUGGCCGGGAACGCCGCCCGUGACAACAAGAAGACCAGGAUCAUCCCCCGCCACCUGCAGCUGGCCGUCCGCAACGACGAGGAGCUGAACAAGCUGCUGGGCCGAGUGACGAUCGCUCAGGGCGGCGUGCUGCCCAACAUCCAGGCCGUGCUGCUGCCCAAGAAGACGGAGAAGGCGAAAUGAAGCUCCGGGAGAAGCGCGCUGAUAAUAACGGCUCUUUUAAGGGCCACACACAGCAUCUGAGAGCAGUGAUGUUUCCAGCUCCUUUAUCCCACCUGACGCCUGGGCUGCUGUCUGUGGUCUUCAGCAUGAUCACAAUGUGUUAUUUAUGUAUUUUGACUGGUUUACAAUGACAGGACUGUAAGCAUUAUUAGUGUAUAUUCCAAUAAAAGCAUCUAGU